UUCUAGCUUUCUAGGGCUGAUCUCAAAAACCUUAAGAGCAGGGAAUUUUGACACAAGUGAUCUGAAGGCCAUAACUCCCAACAAGAAUUAAGUUUCAGAACAGGCCGCCUUGGGCAGCUAGUGAGCUUUGUCAGGAGUGUUCAAGUGCAGGGCUGCGCACACAGUGUUUUCGUAUGCAGGCGAGCGGCCUACCCUCCGUUCGUGGAGAUUCCGGGGCUUGGCUCCCUGCAAAUCUGGGCUCAGGGAUACCGUUUCCAAAGAGACUGGUCUGCAGUUCCUGGUGGGCUCAUGUGGAGAUGGGGCCCCCCGAUCCCAUCCUGGGCGUGACAGAAGCCUUCAAACGGGACACCAACAGUAAGAAGAUGAACUUGGGAGUUGGGGCAUACCGUGAUGACAGCGGGAAGCCGUACGUCUUGAACUGCGUCCGCAAAGCAGAAGCCCAGAUCACGGCCAAGAAUCUGGACAAGGAGUACUUGCCCAUCGCUGGGCUGGCAGACUUCAACAAGGCGUCAGCUGAGCUGGCUUUGGGGGAUACGAAUGAAGUGAUUAAGAGCGGCCGGUAUGUUACUGUGCAGACCAUUUCUGGGACAGGCUCUUUAAGAGUUGGUGCUAACUUCUUGCAACGGUUCUUCAAGUACAGCCGGGAUGUGUACCUCCCCAAGCCUUCCUGGGGGAAUCACACCCCCAUCUUCAGAGAUGCAGGCAUGCAGCUGCAGAGCUAUCGGUACUAUGACCCUAAAACCUGUGGCUUUGACUUCACUGGAGCCUUGGAGGACAUCUCGAAAAUCCCAGAGCAGAGUGUGGUGCUCUUCCAUGCCUGUGCUCACAACCCGACAGGAGUGGACCCCCGGCCUGAGCAGUGGAAGGAGCUGGCGCAAGCCGUGAAGAAAAGGAACCUCUUUGCCUUUUUUGACAUGGCCUACCAAGGCUUUGCCAGCGGAGACAUCAACCGCGAUUCCUGGGCUGUCCGUCACUUCAUUGAGCAAGGCAUUAACGUUGUGCUGUCACAGUCAUAUGCAAAGAACAUGGGCCUCUACGGGGAGCGUGUGGGCGCCUUCACGGUCGUCUGCAAGGACGCGGAGGAGGCCAAGCGAGUGGAGUCCCAGCUGAAGAUCCUGAUCCGCCCCAUGUACUCCAACCCUCCCGUCAACGGAGCCCGCAUCGCCUCCACCAUCCUGAACAGCCCCGACCUGCGGAAGGAGUGGCUGGCAGAGGUGAAGGGGAUGGCUGACCGCAUCAUUGGCAUGCGCACCCAGCUGGUGGCGAACCUGAAGAAAGAAGGCUCCUCGCACAACUGGCAGCACAUCACGGACCAGAUCGGGAUGUUCUGCUUCACAGGACUGAAGCCUGAACAGGUGGAGCGGCUAACCAAGGAGUUCUCCAUCUACAUGACCAAGGACGGCCGCAUCUCUGUCGCAGGGGUCACAUCUGGCAAUGUGGCUUACCUGGCCCACGCCAUCCACCAAGUCUCCAAGUAACCCAGCAGCCCAGUUGGAUGGACUGGAUGGCCUUCUCUUCAGCCUCGUUUGAACACUUGGGCAUGACUGGGGGUGGGGUGGGGGGUGGGCUACAGCAGGUCAGGCAGAUGUUUCCACAGCACUGAAACGUCACGGAGUAUGUGUCUGCGGUGGGUGCUGUCCACUGGCAUUGCUUGGCUCUGGGCAGAGCCGUUGGGGUGUGGCUCCUCCCUUCAGAAGCAUCCAUGUGCAAAUUCACUAAACAUUGGUCCUUCCAUGCUUCUAGGGGUUGGGCAGCCAGCACUGGCGCUCUGCCCUUGGGCGGGUGUCUGCCACUUCUUUAUGUUCCAGUCUGACUCUUGGAGAUCUAGGCCCAGCAACAAGGAGCCUUGCCCUGCCCUCUGAUUGGCGCCUGGGAUGCAGGACUUCUGCACAGACCCACCUUCUGGGAUGCAGAAGUGCAACACGCUGCAAGGUCCGGCCUCCCUCCCGAGGGCCUCUCGUCUCCCCCACGCCCAGUGAGUGUUCUUUGGGAAAGGAAGCAAGGCUGUUCUGAAGCUCUUCUCGAUGUCUGGUGCUAGCGGAGCGUUCUUGGCUUCCUGCUUUGCUUUUUCGGAAAUCAGAGUUUGACACUUUAAAUCAUUUGCUUUAAGUGAACCCCAAAGUCCCUUGGGGGGUUGUAUCGCAAGCCCUUGAUACAGAAAUUGCUCUCUUCUUUGCUUCCUUGCCCACCCCCCAUCCCCUGGUUUCCAAAGACAGCAUAUAAUGCUGAUACGAGUGUUCCGUUUUGACUACUAAAUAAAAGGCAGAUAAUUGAAGUGGCAGUAUUUUAAUUGCUCUCUGCCAUGGGUGAUCUCAGCAAGGACAUCAAACCAAAUCUGUAAGUGAAAUGAAGUUGAAUUGGCUUUAAUUCUGAUCUUGAGAAGCUGUCUUGUUCUCAUUCUCUCUCUUGCUUCUGGACUCCUUCUCCUGCUACGCUAUUAUAAUCAGCAAAUAGGACUAAAAAUGUCUCUAUUAAAUUGGCUUUUCUGUCCUCUCUAGUCAGGCUUGGAAAUGUCACCUCCUGCUGCUAGCCUCUCCCUCCCUCCCCCCAGCUACUCCUGUAAAAUACUCUUAAGGGGGCAGCCUGUCUUUGGCCCUUGCAGCUUCUGCCUGGACCCUGAAAAUCUCAUACACUUGGGAGAUCCACCAUCCGGGUCCAAAGGGCCACAAACAGAAGUCUGCUCUGGAGAGGUCCUCCUAGGGUAAAGAUGGAGAAACCGUUCAGUUGGGGCAGAGGCGUGUGUGUGUGUGACAAUUCUAGCAUCUUUUCACAUCUUCAGAUGGGGGGAGGAGGGUUACCUGCCCUUGGAUAGCCAAAGUCAUGUGUGCAGCAGUGAAACAGCUUAACGCUUUCUAGGUUUGCAAGAAGGCAGGCACACCUGGUGGGUGGACAUCUCGGCUAAGUUUUGUUCCAAUCCGCCUUGUGUGUCUUGGAAGUGACUUGAGUACUUGUACAAAGACAAGCUUGCGGGUAGAGCAGGAACCAUGAGUAGCUCAGUCUCUGCUAAUGGAGUCUCUCUCUCUCUCUCCCUCCCUCCCUCCCUCCCCCGGCCCAGAGUUGAACUAGCCUAGAACACACACACAGAGUGCCUGGCAUCAUUUUCCACCGUGACCCUGCAAUGGGGCCCCGAAUACUCCCCUCUCUCUCCUAGAUUGAUAUUGCAUUACUGGCCUACCUGGGACUUCCUAGUCGGCCCAUCUGACAGCCAGAUCUGGAAACUCACCCCACCCAGUUCCCGUGCAUUGGUCACGUGCCAAAGUGUGAAUGUGCAGCGUGGGUGUGGAAGGACUGAGGGGGCAGUUGAUGCUGUUCCCACAAGCUGCUCGAUGAAAGGCCUGAAGUUGGUGUCUGGCCUCUCCCUCCAGCAGCGAGCAAAGCUUGUGAGCUUGGCAAAGUUCUCCGUGUUGUAGGUGGAGGCUACUGACAGCAUUUCUCUGCUUGUUUCUCUGCUGUGGCCCUAGGCUGCUUUUAGUUUUCUGAUUCUUGCCUCCAGCCACCUCCUAGAGAACCUGCCAUUCAGUAUAAAUCAUGUAGGGCCUUUAUGCAGCCUCUUGUUUCUGUUUAAAAACAACAACAUAAAACUGCUGUACAUCUGA